CUAUGCUACCGACUCGACUCGGACUCUAACGAUUUACAUAGUUCUCGGUGCCGUGCGUCGCCUUCGUCAUCAUCAUAUCGAUCGGCAUCGCUAGCUGAGGGUAUCUCUUCAAUGUUUCAUUAAAAAAAGCAUUAAAACAAUCUAAGUCCCAGCUGUUAAAGACAUUUUCUUCCUAGCAAAUCAAUUAAAACACUGGAAUCUCUCUGUUCAAAUAGUUUUGAAUCAUUUUCAGUCUUUGUAUGAAUACGGUUCGAGUCUGUUGGAGAGUUUUUCGAUAGUAUAAAUAAACGAAGUGAUUUUUUUUAUAAUAUCGGUCAAGGCUCAAGAAUUUUAACAUUACAAAAUUGAAGUUAUAAAAAAUGACAUAGUUGUUGGUUGCAAGAAGAAAAGUGUUAAUAUGAAGUCUCAUCUUAAAAGUUAUAUAUUAAUCGUGUUACUUCUUUUAGAAUUAAAAGUUCAAGGAAGCAAAGAAGUUGAUUUAAAUGAAGAUGAAUACGAAGAAUACACCAAUCCAAGUCCGUGUAAUGCUUGGAGACCUGGCGACCCUGAUUUGAACACUUUUGAUCUGAUACAAAACUACAAGUUAGAUCAGUACCAGCACCAAUUUAAGCAUGUGCAAAAGAUAACUGGAUCAAAUCAGUUUCAAACCGCUUUUCACAUCGAAGAAGAAUCGAAUAUGACCAUUGAAUCGGUACAAGCUUUUCCAUUAGGAGUACCAAACGAAUUCUCGUUUGAGUGUACAUUUCGGACAGAGCAUCCACCCAUCCAGCCAUGGUAUUUAUUUCAGUUGACCAACUAUGAAUAUGAAUCUCAACUGAGCAUGACCAUAAAUCCAAUUUACAAUACAAUUGACUUUGCUUUGCCAAAAUAUGAUGGAACAUUGACGACGGUUUCAUUCCAGGAGUCUAAGCUUUUUGAUGGAUCAUGGCAUAAAGUAAUGCUUGGACUAACUCAAGAUAGUGUUCGUAUGUGGGUGGAUUGCCAACCAUCACGAGACGUAAGUGGAAAUGAACAGGUGCAAAUAACACGUGGUCAGAUUGAUGCAACUGAUGGCUACUUUACACUUGCUCAAGAUGUCAGAACAGGAAAUACUAUUCCGAUUGACGUCCAGUGGAUGGUCUUGAGUUGCGACGCUGAUAAACCUAAUCGAACAACUUGUGAAGAGUUGCCGAACUAUGAUUUAGAAUUCAGAGGUGGCGACCCCACUGAUAGGGGAUGGGAAAAAGAAAGAGAUCCGCCGCUUCCAUUUUUGCCUGGAAAAAGUCAAACUUGUCCAGAACAAUGUCCAGCUGGCCCACGUGGUCCACCGGGACGAGAUGGUAUUCCGGGACAACCGGGACUCCCAGGGCCACCUGGUCGUACAACUAACACAAACAGAUUCGGAUUGAUUCCAGAAAAAGGUGAAAAGGGUUCAGUUGGUGAACCUGGAUUUCCAGGUUCAUUAGGGGAAACAGGCAAAAAGGGUGAACGGGGUGAAAAAGGCGAGCCUGGUGAGAUCUCUUACUCUGGUUUUAUGCGGGAAGUUGGAAGUCAGUUUUAUAACGAAACCAGGGGAGGAAAAGGAGAAAAAGGCGAUAAAGGAGCGACAGGUUUUCCUGGUCUACCUGGUUUGCCAGGUUCAUCACGAAAUGGUGAACAAAUAGUUGGACUUCCUGGUCCACCCGGUGAAAUCGGGCCUAUGGGACUUCAAGGUCAAAAGGGGGAUCCAGGUGAAUCUGGUGCAAUUGGAAUAACUGGUCUUCCUGGAUUGACAGGGCAACGAGGUUAUCCAGGUACACCGGGCGUAAAUGGAAGAGAUGGAUUUGAUGGUCAGCCUGGUUAUAAAGGUGAACAAGGACCAAAGGGUGAGCCAGGGAGUUUCUCUGACUUUGGCUUAAUUGAAGAUUUGCAACGCACUAUAUUCAAUGCAAGUAGCGGUUCUAAAGGUGAAAAAGGUAGUCCCGGAAUUCCUGGACCUCCAGGUGCACCUGGGAAUUCAGGCUUAGAUGUAAUAUAUGGAGGAACUUCGUCUUUGGGAACACGUCAAGGUUUACCUGGCUUGGAUGGCGCACCAGGCCCGAAAGGUGACAUAGGCUUACAAGGAUUGCCAGGACCACAGGGUUCAAUGGGUCACCCAGGUCUACCAGGUUUAAAUGGAUCUCCUGGGUCACCAGGUGAACCAGGCCCAGAAGGUCCGCCUGGAGUACCUGGAGAAAAAGGCCAAACUGGACAAUGUACCUGCGAAGAUCGAUACAGUCGCCUUUCUGCAACUAGCAGUCCUGGAAUUCAAGGUGAACCUGGAAGAGAUGGUACUCCUGGAUCACCCGGUAUCCAAGGGCAGCCAGGUUAUCCAGGACCAUCUGGACCACCUGGACUUCCUGGUCCACCAGGCCCUCCCGGAUUGACUGGAACUAUAUCUUCAAAUAACUACAAUUUCGAGCAAACUGAAAUUCGGGACCUCUGUAUUGGAUACGUUAAGGAGUAUAUUACCGAAAUUCAAUCUACUUUGGUUGGAGCACCUGGACCACCAGGCAAAGGGCGCAUUGGAAGACCCGGGCCACCAGGUCCUCAGGGCCCCAGAGGUGAUCCUGGUACACGAGGCGCAACAGGUGAUAGAGGCUUUCCUGGUGUUCCUGGAGUACCUGGUACUCCUGGCGCAACUGGUCCACCUGGUCUUGAUGGUCGGAAGGGUGAUCGAGGUGAAGAUGGUUUUGGUCGUCAAGGACCACCGGGACCAAUUGGUCCACCUGGUUCAGAUGGAGUUGGUAUCGACGGCCUUCCAGGAAGGCCCGGAGAUCGCGGUGAACAAGGAAGGCCAGGUGAAACUGGUCCACGAGGUCCUCCAGGACAACCAGGUAUAUGCCCUGAUUGUUCAUAUGCUUACACGGCAGCGUAUCCUUUUUACUAUCAGCAACAACAAAGUAAAGGGCCACAAAACAUAAAGGGUUGACAAUAUAGCAAUCAAAUCUUUUUAAUUUAGCCUUUUUUUUUUAAAUAAAAUUCAGAAAUUGUAUUUCAAAUUAAAUGCUUAUUUGUUUUUCAUUUCGGAAAUAGUUACUGUUAGUCCAUUCAAGUUGUAUUCAGAUUCAUAUAAAAGUUCUUGUUUAAUUGUCUUUCAACGCUAACUUUCGGGGUACUGAAAGCGAAACUGGAGUUUUUUUCUAUUAUCAAAAAUAUCCCAUAAUGCAUUUAGAUAUGUUGUUGCCUA